UUCUCAGUGUUCCCACCCCUUAGCUCAAGCUUCGACGACAGAUGAAAAAUGAAACAGGAAACAAGAAUGCGUACGGUCUGUUUUCUCUAAGAUUUCCACACAGUUCACUCAUGUGGAUACAGUAGAGCAGAAAAACAACUCUGAGAUUUCUAGCUACCCUUGUGCAACAGGAGAUGGCACUGCAUAGCAGUAUAUGUCGUGAUGUGGACCUCGAUGAGAGCAUAGAGUGGAUAGAGAUUGGCAGUGGGGGGUUUGGUACUGUCUAUAAGGUCAAGCACAAAGACAGAGGCUUUGUUGCCAUAAAGCUACUUCGGAAUCCAGGAAACAUUAAUGAACUGUACAAGGAGGCUGAAUGUCUGGCAAAAAUGUCCUCUGAGUUUGUUCUGACAGUCUUUGGGAUUUACAACGGAAAUAAGUUUCCAGAAUUUCCAAAGGGAAUGGUCAUGGAGUUUAUGGAAAGGGGAAGUAUUCACACCCUGCAGAAGGACUUGAGUGGCCCUCCACCACUGCCACUGGCCCUGAGAUUGGCCUUUCAAGUGGCUAAAGGGGUGCAAUUCAUCCAUUCAAAGAACUUUGUUCACCACGACCUAAAGCCAAGCAACAUUCUGCUGGAUAACAACUUUAAUGCCAAGCUGGCUGACUUUGGUCUUUCCAGGGAAACCAUGAGUGUUUUGUCCAGUUCUGGACAAUCAGAAGGAUAUCCCCCAGGCACAAUACAAUACAUGCCACCUGAAGGUUUUGCUCUAAACUCUAAAAUAGUUCGCUCUUUUGAUGUUUACAGCUACGGCAUCCUUCUUUGGUCCAUCCUGAGCGGUGAUGUACCCUAUGAAGGGAAGCCAGACAGUCUUGUGAAACAUAGGAUUGAAGCUGGAGACAGACCUGAUGUCAGUCUUUGCCUGAAAGAAGAGGAAGAAAAGAAGAAAGAAGUGAUUGAGCUCAUGGAAAAUUGCUGGAAACAAAAUCCAUCUGACAGGCCUGACUUUAAUGGUAUCAGAAUUGUCCAAAAACUUGAACCGAUUUUCUCAGUUCACAAGGCUGGAAUUGGUGCGGCCAUUCAGAAAGUUUUAUCAAAACUAGAACAAAAUCAGUCAGGAAGUAGCAGCCAGUUUUCUCAGGCAAAUUCUGCAGACUUGGUUCCUUCGCCCACUCCAGAAAAUGAAGAGCAAAAUGAUGUUGUUGAUCAUCCCUCAGAUAGAAUACAGCAACCAUCCAAUUUAGUUGGAACUGACGAUUUAACAGAAGAAGAAAAAGUGACGAUUGUUGAUGACAUGAGGGAUACUUUAAUACAGAAAAACACCAAAGUCAUGGCAAUUACUAGGGAUCUUUUGAAAAUGAGGAUGAUCCAUGAAGAAACCUACUCCGAAAUUGAGGCAAGAAAAACAAACCAGGAUAAAAUGAGGGAGCUCUACAAGUCAUUACGUGCAUCAGACCUGGUGAAAGUUGCGUUCUAUGAUGCCUUGAAAGAGCGUGAACCAAAUAUUCUGAACAGUCAUGGUGGCAGUUGAGGCAUUCCUGCUUCAGAUGUGUGUGGUUUUCUUCAUUUUUUCUUGGUCUCAUUUUCAUUGUAUAAAGUCUGCAAAUAAAUCUAAGAUUUUUUUUA